UGGAAUUUUCCUUCUAAAUAUUUGCAGGAGCCGCUAAUGGCACGGCGCGGCUUUUCAAGAUUGAUGUCUUGCCGGCGUUUUCAGGCCGCUCUUUAAAUGGACGUCCAUUCACGUCCUGGCCGUCGCCGCCGCCACCGCCGCCGCAGCUGAUUAAGGAUGCACGCCGUAGCGCGCACUUGAAGUUCCCCGCCAGCGUCGCCUUUCUCAUUCGCGGAGAACGCGACGACCGUGAUGAGCGGGCACGAACCGCGCAGGUAAAAGGGACACAUCGCCGCCCGCCUCCGGCUCAACCCCGCCACAACGCGGUACCCGGGCACGAGGGGGGCUCCGCAGCCAAGACGACAGGCACGUCUACUGCAGCGCUUGAGAUGUGGCACGGCUCCGGGGAGACCGCGUUGGCAAGAUGCUAGACGGGCUCGAGGAGACGCCGCUACCUGCUCGUCUCGGGACCACCUGCCGCCCACCAGACUAGACCGGAGCCUUGCCGUCCUUUUUCUUUCUCCUCGCUCCAUGCCGGGUGGACAUGGUCAGCGACUCCAGCAGUCCCUGAGCCGCCUGCCGACAGCACCUUGUUGCGCUCUUGAUGCAGUGCUGUGGCCUGGGGCACCGGCGGAGAGUACGGGUUUCCUACGGAUCGGCGGACUCCUACACUAGCCGUCCAUCUGAUUCAGAUGUUUCUUUGGAGGAAGACAGGGAGGCGGUGCGGAGAGAAGCAGAACGGCAGGCCCAAGCACAGCUGGAAAAAGCAAAGACUAAACCUGUUGCAUUUGCUGUUCGCACAAAUGUCGGCUACAGCGCAGCCCACGAUGACGAUGUCCCUGUCCCCGGUAUGGCUGUUUCGUUUGAAGCAAAAGAUUUCCUUCAUGUCAAAGAGAAAUUUAAUAAUGACUGGUGGAUAGGACGCCUGGUCAAAGAAGGUUGUGAGAUCGGUUUCAUUCCCAGCCCGGUUAAACUGGAGAACAUGAGGAUACAGCACGAGCAGCGGGCCAAGCAAGGCAAAUUCUACUCAAGUAAGUCUGGUGGGAAUUCCUCGUCAAGUUUAGGAGACAUGGUUCCGAGUUCAAGGAAGUCGACUCCUCCGUCAUCGGCAAUUGAUAUAGAUGCCAGUGGCUUAGACGCUGAAGAAAGUGAAAGUCCGGCAAGCCACCGCUCACCUAAGGGCACUUUAAACAGUGUCACAUCACCCAUAUCAAAAGAAAAGAGAAUGGCCUUCUUUAAGAAGACUGAACACAUUCCUCCUUAUGAUGUUGUGCCUUCAAUGCGCCCUGUGGUUCUGGUGGGGCCUUCACUGAAAGGGUACGAGGUGACAGACAUGAUGCAGAAGGCCCUGUUUGACUUUUUGAAACACAAGUUUGAAGGACGGAUAUCCAUCACACGGGUGACAGCCGACAUCUCGCUUGCCAAACGUUCUGUUUUAAACAAUCCGAGCAAGCACGCCAUCAUCGAGCGCUCCAACACCAAGUCCAGUUUAGCUGAAGUACAAAGUGAAAUCGAGCGAAUCUUUGAACUGGCGAGGACUCUGCAACUGGUGAUCCUCGAUGCCGACACCAUCAACCACCCGGCGCAACUGGGGAAGACCUCGCUGGCUCCGAUCAUCAUUUACGUGAAGAUUUCUUCUCCAAAGGUCCUGCAGAGGCUGAUCAAAUCCAGAGGGAAAUCACAAGCAAAGCACUUGAAUGUCCAGAUGGUUGCAGCGGACAAACUCGCUCAGUGCCCGCAGGAAAUGUUUGACGUCAUUUUGGAUGAGAAUCAGCUGGAGGAUGCCUGUGAACACCUGGCAGACUACUUGGAAGCUUACUGGAAAGCCACCCACCCGGCUAGCAGUAGCCCCCCAAACCAACUUCUAACUCGCACGCUGGCCACGGCGGCACUGACGGCCAGCCCCGCGGCAGCUUCGGCCCUGCAGGCAUCCCAGUGCGAGCAGAUUGAAAAGCUGGUUUCUGAAAGGACUACUCCCAGAGAAGAGGAGGAGGCCCAUACGGAACCGGCCAAAAAGUCGCAGCACCGCUCCUCCUCCUCUUCCUCCACGACUGCUCAGCAUCACAACCCGCGGGGUGGCACCGGUGGAAAAGGACUACCGCGCCAGGAGACGUUCGAUUCGGAGACACAGGACAGCAGAGACUCUGCUUACAUUGAACCAAAGGAGGAGUUUUCGGAGGAGCAAGAUGAACAUUACGAGUCCCCCCGUCGAGAACACAAUCACAGGGAGGAGGCACGUGGUGGCGGCGGUGAGCACAGACACCGCGAGUCACGGCACCGGUCGAAGGAGCAGGAUCGGGAGCAGGACCACAACGAGCGCAACAAACAGCGCAGCCGGCACAAGUCGCGGGACCACUACAGGGAGAGGGAUGGCGAAGUGGUAUCAAAAAAGCGGAGCGAGGCGGGCGAGUGGAAACGGGACACCUACAUUCGCCAGUAACUUCUGCCUACCUGGUCACAGCCGUGGCGCCCUCAUGCACUGUUCACGUCCUUCUGUGGGGGGCCGGGUGGGGGCUGCGUGUGUUUAUGUACCUUGGAUGGCUGAACAUUUUAAGCCCCUCAUUCCGGCGCACUGCCCAGCGCUGUUGCAGGUAAAGCGUCAGAGUCGCGACUUCAGCA